AUGACCCGUGUGCUCGUACAGAUACGUAUCACGUCACUGACUGUUCUCCUUCCUGUAGAUUUCCUCCUGGCCGGGGUUCCUCAGAAGUUAAAGUUUACAGUGACAACUGGACAUUAUCGGGUGAAGGAGGGGGACACCCUGCAGCUCAGUAAUGCCGAUACGAUGCUCAUUAUCCCCGCACCGGACACGAAGGCGUCCGUCUACCAGAACAGUCAUGGUGAUGUGUCAUUAAGUCCUCUGACCAUCCAUCGAUCGGACAAAGUGACCAGCAUCGCUCUCCCGCCAGCCCCCCCUUAUCAUCUCAUGGAGUUUGAACUGGACGUGGUUUGUCUGUUACCGGAAACAGGACGUUUAUUGAAUGGCGAAGUUCCGCGCAGGGGAAAGGAUACGCCCGACUCCCGGGGGAACGUUGCGGAGCAGCGGGUGAGUGACGACGUCUUAUACAUAACUACUGGGAGUCCUCAAUGGCACUGA